AUGGGAUACUUGCAAAAUGUAAGUAAGUCCUACCCAGAAUCAGCUGAGGUGAUAGUGGGAGGAAAAAGCUAUGAAGGUCGACAGAUCACUGGCAUACGCAUCAACACCCCAUCACAAAAGAAAACUGACAAACCCGUAGUUUUUAUAGAGUCAGGUAUACAUGCACGUGAAUGGAUCACACCGGCCACCACCACAUAUUUCAUUAACCAGUUACUGGCCAGUCGGGACAGUAACAUCACCAGGUUGAGAGAUAUGUUCGACUGGCGCAUCUUUCCAACGGUCAAUCCUGAUGGAUACACUUACAGUUUUAAUAGAGAUCGAAUGUGGAGAAAAACUAGAUCAAAAUCGAGCAUGUUCUGUUACGGAGCUGAUCCUAACCGCAAUUGGGAUUACAAUUGGUUAAAUAAAAAAUAUAGAGAAAUACAAAAAAAUUGCAAAUUUUACUCUACUUUACAUUAUUUUAUGUAUUUUCUAUUUUAAUUAACUUUAAGUACGGCGAGGUUUCACUACUGUUACAUAUAGACACCAGAAAGCAAAUAAAUAGUAACCCGCAAAACCAAAAUUGUUCUUUAGAGAUGAAUAACUUUUUAUUUAGUCGAAAAAAGAACUUACUUUCGUACUUAAAAUUAUCAUUUUUGUUUCUACGGAGUCUUUAAUUUUUUUGUUUUUUCGGAAAAAUAGAGGUUUCUGCUCUGUAUAACAAUUUUGGUUUUGCUACGUGUCUGCUGUCUAGCGUGUUUAUUUUUAUUUCGAUUAGAACACGGAGCGACGAGCAACCCCUGCGACUACCAAACGUAUGGUGGUUCAAAACCAUUCUCUGAAGUAGAAACUAAGACCCUUUCAGCCUACAUCUCGAGUAUAGAGCACCUCCUUGCGUACGUCGCGUUCCACUCUGACGCUCAGAUGUUGCUGGUUCCAUAUUCAGAUUCUAUCGAACACGGAGAUAACUACGAUGACCUGAUCCAAAUCGGGAAAACUUCAUUAGAGUACGGCGAAAGAGUCAACGGAGAGAAGUACGACGGACCAGGGACGGCGGCGGAACUUUUGUACAAGGCAUCUGGUGGCAGCAUGGAUUGGGUACGAAACAAACUUGGCACACCCAUCGCUUACACAUAUGAGCUUCGCGGCACCUACUUCCACUGGCCACCGAACAGGAUCCACGAGCAAGGAGACGAGAUCACGCAGAUGCUUCUUGGACUUUUUAUAGAAGCAGAGAAGCUGGGUGGUGAAAUUGUCAAUAGAAUAGAUGAUAAUGAAAUUAAUACAAAUGUUAAUCGUGGUGAGAUUGCUAAUAGAAUAGAUAAUGACACAAAUGUCAUUAGUGGUGAAAUUGACAAUAGAAUAAAUGAAAAUGAUACAAAUGUCAACCGGGGUGAGAUUGCUAAUGCAAUAGAUAAUGAUACAAAUGUUAUCAGUGGUAAAAUUGACAAUAGAAUAGAUGAAAAUGAAAUUAAUACGAAUGUUAAUUGUGGUGAGAUUGCUAAUGGAACAGAUAAUGAUACAAAUAUUAUCAGUGGUGAAAUUGUCAAUAGAAUAGAUGAUAAUGAAAUUAAUACAAAUGUUAAUCGUGGUGAGAUUGCUAAUAGAAUAGAUAAUGACACAAAUGUCAUCAGUGGUGAAAUUGACAAUAGAAUAGAUGAAAAUGAUACAAAUGUCAACCGGGGUGAGAUUGCUAAUGGAAUAGAUAAUGAUACAAAUAUUAUCAGUGGUGAAAUUGUCAAUAGAAUAGAUGAAAAUGAUAGGUACAAAUGUUUACUGUGUACUGCACACGCCAGCAACAGAGCCGCGUCCUUACCCUUUUUUCCCAAGACGGGCGGGGUGUCGCGUAAUUGUGUCGCUCCAGAUGAAACUCUCGCGAUUGUUUAG